AUGACGAUGAAGAAAAUCUCAACUGAAACAGAGAAGGCUAGGGCUGAUGAUGACCGUUGCAAAUCCUUCGCAGCGAGGCCUGUCCAGGCGAAGAAGCAAUCGGUGAAACUUUCUCAAAACACUAAAUCAGUGAUUAAGAUAAAACUGAAGAAGCCGCCUUGCAACUCUGUUUCAACAAGGCCGAAGAAGCGGUCUAUUCCGGAAGUUUCUGGAACAAACCCUAAAGCUGUUGUAGCCGCCGUUGUGAAGAAGAACGACAAGGAAACGUUGGAGCUGUUCGACAUAGCCAAGAAAUCAGCGGAUGUGGCCAACGCGAAGGGGCUUCUCGCGGCUAAAGCAGAGACAUCAAUCUGUGUGGAUACUCUCUCUUUGCUCAUCAGUUUGCCAAUCAGCGCAACGGCUCCGAGAAUCAUGGAUAGGCUUGGGCAUCUCACAAGGCACAAGGACCGCAAAAUCUGCAACUCCGCGUCGGCUCUUUUUCAACAUUGGAGUCAGAGCAUCAGAGAUCAACAACGCUAA